AUGGUACUUCCCCUCCAAGAAUGUGCCUUGUACUUAAAAGGAAGAGUGGCGGGAGCCGCGAGAGGCGGAGGAGAAGCGCGGGCCGAGGGCGCGCAGGGCCGCUCCCGCGCCGGGGUCGGAGGCGCCGCCACGCCACCGGCCGCGGGGCCGACCCGGGUGGGCCCCGGCCCGCGGCGCCCCGAGGACGAGCCCCCCUCCGCCGCCGCCGCCGCCGCGGGGGCCCCGCCGGCCCGGGGCGAGCCGGAGGAGCGGGACGGCGCCCCGGACAAGGGCAAGAGCUCGGGCCCCAGCGCCAGGAAAGGCAAGGGGCAGAUCGAGAAGAGGAAGCUGCGGGAGAAGCGGCGCUCCACCGGCGUGGUCAACAUCCCCGCCGCAGAGUGCUUAGAUGAAUAUGAAGAUGACGAAGCAGGGCAGAAAGAGCGGAAACGAGAAGAUGCAAUUACACAACAGAACACGAUGCAGAAUGAAGCUGUCAGCUUACUAGAGCCAGGCAGUUCCUAUUUGCUACAGGAGCCAUCUAGAACAGUUUCAGGCAGAUACAAAAGCACAACCACUGCCUCUGAAGAAGAUGUCUCAAGUAGAUAUCCCCGAACAGACAGAAGUGGGUUCAGCAGAUAUAACAGGGAUGCAAAUGCUUCAGGUAAUUUGCUCUCAAGUAGCACAUUGGAAAAGAAAAUUGAAGAUCUUGAAAAGGAAGUUGUAAGAGAAAGGCAAGAAAACUUAAGACUUGUGAGACUAAUGCAAGAUAAAGAGGAAAUGAUCGGAAAACUCAAAGAAGAAAUUGAUUUGUUAAAUAGAGAUCUAGAUGACAUAGAAGAUGAAAAUGAACAACUAAAGCAGGAGAAUAAAACUCUUUUGAAAGUCGUUGGGCAGCUGACAAGGUAGAAGAUUCAAGCCUCAGUGUGGAAAAAAGAUUUUAAAACUACUGAUUGAAUGUUAUGGUUAAUGCUAGGACAAUAUUCCUCUGCUGCAAUACAUUAACUAAAUAUGUAUAUUUAUUUCUUGAAAACAAUGGAUGUUUGUUUUCAAAAUAUUUCUUUGUUCAUUAUUAGUUUCAAAAUAUCAACCUUUUAUUUCACGAAUAAGUAGCAUCCUUCAGUUAUUAAAAUGAUAGGUUAUGCCUCUUUUGGUUUUGUGUGGUAUUCAAAUAAUAUAUGGUUUAAAGUCACAACCAUUUGAGUAUAUUUUAUCUAUGGUAGUGCAUUUUCUCCCUAAAGUGAUAUACAUAGUCUUUGUUUACAUGAAUUUAAAUACUUUUGGGGAGUUACCUGCAAAUGCCUUAUUACUGAUGUGUGCAACCUUUUAUAUGUUGAUGAUUGACUCAUAAAGGUCUUUGUCUACUGUCAUUUCUUCUUUCAACUUAUUCUAAGCAAUUUAAAGUAAUAUAGAGUCACACUAUUUUAUAUAACAGUCAUCUUUAAAAAGGAAAACUAUUAUAAAAAGUCACUUAAUAUCAUGUAUUAGUUGGCUAAAUAUAAAAUUUAAGAGAAUACUUGAAUUGUGCUAUGGUAAAUUAAAAUGUACUAUUUUGUAUUUGAAUAUUGAAAAAAAUUUAAAAUCAUUUUAACUUCUGAAAAACAUACAAUUGUAAUUUUAAUGUAAAAUUUCUUUUGUAGGUACUACCUUUUUUAUUAUUCCAAGGUUUUUAAGUGAACGUGGGAUAUUUAAAAAGUGUUUAUUCAUCAAGCCUGGAGAGUGUGUACAAUUUCAGUGUAUAAGAAAAAAAAUCCAUAUUUUUAAUUAUCCAUAUGUGUUAAAAUCAAAACCAAAAUAUUUAUCCACACUUAAAACAUUUAUACUUAACAUUAACGAAACAGUACAUAAACAGAAAUAGUACUGAAAUACUUUAAUUUCUAACUUUGAGAAUAACACUGUGACACAAUUGUUCUGAUGUGACAGAAUUAUUCCCCUACCUCAAAUUUAAGGGAUUUUUCCUAACCUUGGAUUUUUUAAAACAGAAUUAUUUUGAAGACUUAUACAAAUACUCUCUUCUAUUAAAUAUCAUUAGUGUUUAGAAUUGUUUUGUAUUACAUUUUCACAUUGAGUAAGGAAACCCUUCCUUUAAAGCACAUUAAGAAAUGUCUGCAUGAGAGUUGAGCCUCAGACAGUAUAGUGAUACCCUUCUAUCCAGUUAAUGUACGUAAGUGACUUAAACAUGGUAAAAUCCAUUUGGGGUACCCUGCUGACUCUCUCUCCUUCACUUGCCAAGCCCCUUCAUUAUUCACUAUUAGAAAAAUAGGGAAGGAGCAGCAAUUGGAAAAAACGUAGAGUAAAUGAUAGAUAUCAGAUGUUGAGUUCUAAAACUUGCUGCAUUUGCCUGGAUUGGUUCCCCCACCUCCCACUUCAGAAGUUUCAACUUUGGCCCAUCAUCAAAAUCACAUGGGUUGCUUAAAAAGAAUUCCAACGCUGUAGCUUCUAGAUAAGUUUGAGACCCUAGACAGAAUUUUUAAAGCUCAUUAUCAGAUGAUUCUGAUCACAAUUUAGGUGUAGAAACAGCUGCCAUUGUCUCUUUCCCCCUAUAUCUUCCAUUGGAGACCCUGGAAUUAACAUAAUUUUAGCUACCAGUAUUUUUCUCCUUUUAAAAGGUUUAUUAAUAAACUGAUCUCCUGGGAAUUUUUCAUAUGUCCAUAUAUAAUUUUACCAAAAAAUUCAGUGUGAGACUACCAGACUUGAUAUAGUUGCAGAAUUACUACAUAAAGGCAUCGUUUUUGGAGAUUAUUACCCAGCAUGGCAGCACUGAUGUGCUGCCCACAUGUCAAAUGGUAUGCCAGGCCCAGUCACCACCUCUGCCUGUGAGGUACUCAGCUCCCUUUAGUUACCUUCAGAUAUGUGACAGAAAUCAUCGGUAUUGCCUAGUUCCCCAUCCACACUUCGGAUGUUGUGAAAAUGCUGUCAGUAUCCAGCCUUAAAAUAUAUUAGUAUAUUGGCUUUUCAGUAAAAGUAGUAUUUUGAAUUUUCUGUUUAAUCCGUAUAUAAGUGAAGGAAUAUUUCAUUUCUUCUUUUAAAAUUAUACCAAUUAUUAAUGCUUUUAAAGACUGAAUCGUUUUUAAAAUUUUAUUUUUCUUCAGUUUAUUGGGAACAUUUCCAAUAAUGAUCUUUUACAUAAUGGUACCUCGUGCAGAUACAGGAGCCUGACAACUUAAGCAAAGCAAUUCACGUGCAGUCCUUCUCCCGUCCUUCAAGUGUAUAUUUAUAUCACAUUUAGAUUUUUACAUUGACAGCGUAGGAUCUGCUACAGUUUCCCUUUAAAAUUGAUAAGGAACAUUGAGGUUUUAGAAAGGCAACUUACAUACAUGUGCGCUACCUUAAACCUUGGCUGUUGUCAAUAAAGUGCUAGUAUUUGUGAAUGGUUAGUCAGAUUGGAAAUAGCGCUUCUUAUGUCUUCUCGGAAUGUGUGGCAUAAUAAAGCAUAUCCAAAGUUCUAA